AUGUCUCAGACGUUUCAAUUGGACAGAUUUUUUGAGGAUAUAAGACUGGAAAUAGCCAAGGACAUCAAUAAAAAAGCAUUAAUUCAAGAUUUGGAAAAUGAAUUUGACUUAUCAAUAAUACCAUAUCAAUCUAAAAUAAAUUCAUGGAUAUCUGUGAGUCCAAAUCAGUUAAAUUUAGAAUUCAAAAACACAAAUAGCUUUGAAAAUGAUAUACAAGUUAAUUUAUCACAUUAUUUGCAGAAACUUUCGGAUUUAGAUUGUAAAGCAAGUCAGAAAGAAAAAUUGACAAAUAAAUUUAUUGAGGACUCCAUUUACAUUUUACUAGCAAACAGAUAUUUCUGGAUUUUAUCAUUUUCAUUCAUCAACGAUCCAAUAAAGUUAAAAUUAGUUACUAUAAAUGAAGAACUAGGAAUAGUGGAGACACCAAAAGAAAUUUUUACGGCUUUAAAAUUGGAUAAUAUCAAUUAUCAAAUUUAUUUAAUUUCAUUAUUAAAAUUUAUUGAUGUUAUUGUGAAUUAUACCACCACAACUGUAAUAAAUCAGUCAAUUGGAUCUUCGAAUGAAAAAUCUUCGAAUUAUACAUUGGGUGUUAUUAACCUGCAAAUUGUCUCAAAAAUUCAAAAUGGAUUUCUGUUGUUAGACUUAAAAAACGAUAUUUUGAGAAAAAGGUUCGAUAGUUUGAAAUACAAUUCACAAAGAUUGAACAAAAUUGUGUACGAUUUAUCCCUACGGAACUUAAUUACUACGUUUGGAGAGGUUGAAUAG